AUGGAGCUGGGAGGGGCCUUCACCAUCUUUCUAGCACUCUGCUUGUCUUAUCUUCUCAUCCUCAUGGCCUGGAAACGGAUGAGCAAAGGGGGAAAGCUGCCGCCUGGUCCCACACCAAUCCCUUUCCUGGGGAACGUGUUGCAAGUUCGUACUGAUGCCACUUUUCAGUCUUUCAUGAAGCUCAAGGAGAAAUACGGUCCAGUCUUCACCGUGUACAUGGGUCCCCGGCCAGUGGUUGUUUUAUGUGGACAUGAAGCAGUGAAGGAGGCCCUGGUAGAUCGAGCAGAUGAGUUCAGUGGCCGUGGAGAACUGGCUUCAAUAGAGCGAAACUUCCAAGGUCAUGGUGUCGCUCUGGCUAAUGGAGAACGAUGGAGGAUUCUCCGACGCUUCUCCCUGACCAUUCUUCGGGACUUCGGGAUGGGAAAGAGGAGCAUUGAGGAGCGGAUCCAGGAGGAGGCCGGCUUCCUACUAGUGGAAUUACGCAAGACCAAGGGGGCUCGCAUCGAACCUACUUUCUUCCUGAGCCGCACUGUCUCCAACGUCAUCAGUUCCGUCGUCUUUGGAAGUCGCUUUGACUAUGAGGAUGAGCAGUUCCUGAAGUUGCUGCAAAUGAUCAACCAGAGUUUCAUAGAAAUGAGCACAUCCUGGGCGCAGUUGUAUGACAUGUAUUCUGGAAUCAUGCAAUAUUUGCCAGGAAGACACAAUCGCAUCUACUACUUGAUAGAGGAGCUCAAGGACUUCAUUGCCUCCAGGGUCAAGAUCAACGAAGCCUCGCUUGACCCCCAGAACCCUCGGGAUUUCAUUGAUUGCUUCCUCAUCAAGAUGCACCAGGAUAAAAACAACCCCCACACAGAAUUCAACCUCAAGAAUUUGGUCCUGACCACCCUCAACCUCUUUUUCGCUGGCACUGAGACAGUGAGCUCUACACUCCGCUAUGGAUUGCUGCUCAUGAUGAAGCAUCCUGAGGUGGAAGCCAAGAUCCAUGAAGAGAUUGACCAGGUGAUUGGACCACACCGGAUCCCAAGUGUCGAUGACCGGGCCAAGAUGCCCUACACAGAUGCCGUGAUCCAUGAGAUCCAGAGACUUACAGAUAUCGUGCCCAUGGGCGUCCCCCAUAAUGUCAUCCGGGACACUCAUUUCCGAGGCUACCUUCUGCCCAAGGGUACCGACGUCUUUCCUCUUCUUGGCUCUGUCCUCAAAGACCCCAAAUACUUCCGCUACCCAGAUGCCUUCUAUCCACAACAUUUCCUGGACGAGCAAGGCCACUUCAAGAAGAAUGAAGCCUUUGUGCCUUUUUCAUCUGGAAAGCGCAUCUGCCUGGGCGAGGCCAUGGCCCGCAUGGAACUCUUCCUCUACUUCACCUCCAUCCUUCAAAACUUCUCCCUCCGCUCUCUGGUACCACCUGCUGACAUCGACAUCACGCCCAAGGUCUCAGGCUUUGGCAACAUCCCUCCGACCUACGAGCUCUGCUUCAUGGUCCGCUGAGC